AUGGGGUCCAGAGACAAGGACCAAACUACACCGCAUCACCAGCCUCUCCUUAGCAGCCUCGUUGUACGUCCAUCCGUCAGCGAUGGCGGUGAUGGCGUCGGAGGUGGAGGCCGCCCCGGUGGUAGCGAUUACGAGCCUGGCGAGGUCCGCCGUGAACCUCCAUCUUACUCUCGCUCCGAUCGAUACUCUGAUGAUCCUGUCCGCGAAGUUGCUGCAUACCUCUUUAAAAUCUUGGGUGAUGGUCUCCACUGGGUUCUGAUUUCCAAUUUGCUUUCAUUGGCUGUCUUUAUGGGUUCAGUCCACCUUGCUGCUUUGAGCUAUGGGUUAAUGUGGUUGUGGGGAAUAUAUAAUGUACGGACCAUUUCUGAAGAUAACUGGAUUAAAUUGGUAGCUACUAAAUUUUGUGAAUUAUUUGGCCACUGGUGUCUUCUACUGGUGGAGUGCUUGUUGGUCCUGCUGCUCCUAUUGAAGCAUGUUUUGACUGAGGUUCUUGGGACGUAUGUGUGGUUGGGUUAUGGUGGAUAUAGACUUCGUGCAGGUUCUGGUUCUCCAGUACGUCGUAGGGAUGCAGAUCGCCGAUACAGUUCUGAUUUUGAUAAUUCAGGUGGUCCACCUCGAGGUCGUGAUUUUAGCAAUGGGAGGGAUCGGCCUCUUAGAGGGGAGGGCAUUAGUAGGAAUAAUCCAAAUGUACGCCCAAGGGAAGGCGACUGGAUCUGCUCUGAUCCUUCAUGUGGCAACCUGAACUUUGCAAGGAGAGAGUACUGUAACAACUGCAAGAGACCUCGCUAUAGACCUGGGGGAAGUCCUCGACGGGGGUAUCCUGGCCCUCCGCCUCCACAUGCUCCUCCAAGACGCUUUCCUGGUCCUCCAUUGGAUCUUUCUCCGGGCAGGACCAUGAAUGGCUACAGGUCUCCUCCUCGAGGUUGGGCUAGAGACGGACCUAGAGAUUUUGGGCUUGGUGGUCCUCUACCUCCCAGGCAAGGAGGCAGGUUUUCUGACCAUGAUAUGCGGAGAGAUCGGUCUGAUUAUCCGGAUGAUGAGUACAGGGGGAGGAACAAAUUCGAUAGGCCUAUGCCCAUGGAUUGGGGUCACAAAGACCGUGGAAGGGAUGGCCUUUUCAAUGAAAGGAAAGGGUUUGAGAGGCGGCCACCCUCUCCACCUCUACCUCCACCUUCACUUCCUCAACGUGGCAGAUGGGGACGUGAUGGGAGAGAUAGGAGCAGAUCACCAAUUAGGGGAGCCCUGCCACCGAAAGAGUUUCGUCAGGAUAUGUACAUGGACCGGGGGCGAGAUGAUCGGCAUCCUGUUGGGCGAGACAGAAUGAGACAUGUGUAUUAA